CCAAGAUUUUAUUAUUCUUUAGUGAUGAGAGCUGUGAUCCUGCAUCCCUGAUUUAGAGCCACUCAGGGCUCCGACAGCUCCACCCCGGUGUUCUAGAGGAAAAUCUUCCUUCAUGCUCUCUGCCUCAUUUGAAAGCGACACAGCUUCCCGAUGUUCCGCCUGGGAGGUGGUUCAAUCUUUAGAAAUUGCGUGAGAAGCCUGUCCAUCUGCUGGAGUGCCUGGCUUUCGGAAACGGACCAAGACGGACUUGGCUUUUAAUCUGAAAUAAUUUGAGGAUUUUCUGUCUAUAACUUAAAAUCACCGCUUAACUCAAAGUAAAAAAGUGACACGCUCUCUAGAGGGCUUUUGUAGACAUUGGGAAAAUCCGUGUGACGAAGUACGGUUUAGAAAUUCCGGAUUUAAUUUCCCCCGGGAAAAGCAAAUAUCUUCUGUUGGUACCGGGCAGUCGACUCACGUAGUCUUCCUUUAAAACCAAGUCUAUGGCAGCCGGGUGUGAGGGGAAUGGUGGGGGUGAGCAGGGGGAGGAGAGAGAUUCGAAAAGUACAGGAGGAAUCAGUCCAGUACAGGGGUUGCCCCUGCCAACCAGUAGCUAUUCCUGUUAACUCCCAAGAAGCAAGUUUCCACCUUUGCCACUUCCUCUUGCCCUUUCCUUUUCCCUUCACUCUCGCUCUUGGACCCAAGGUUCGCUCCCCACCGCCACUGCCCUGCCCCACUAUUCUCUUUACAGGACAGAAGGCUGCAGCAGCACGGCGGAGAAAAAUCUCUGAGGAAUGAGUCAGUGGGAUGGGCGUAUGGGUGGAGGAAGAGGGCAGUCGAUUUUUAAACCUCAGCGAGGGUGGGUGGGCAGUUGGAAGCCAGAGGCCUUAUCACUAGGACGCUGCAACAUCACAGAAAGUGUUAGUCCCAGGGCUCUCCCGGGCGCGCGCGGCUCCUGUGCUUGCUUCUUAUUGGCGGACCUGGCCCUGGGGCGGAGCCGCGGCGAAUCCCCGCCCACCCGGGCUCCAGGACAGGGGCACGCGGUUCUCCCUGAUCCCGGAGCUGGGCUCAGGGCUCGGACUCAGUCCUGCAGCGCCUCUAGGCUGCGGAUCCGCGCUUCAACCACCUGCUUUGCGCUGCGUCCGGGGAAGUGGGGAGGAGACGGGAGGGAGGGAGGAGGCGGGGAGAGGAGGAAAGAGGCAGCUUACACACGCCUUCCAGUCCCUCUACUCAGAGCAGCCCGGAGACCGCUGCCGCUGCUACCACCGCUGCCACCUGAGGAGACCCGCCGCCCCCCCUGUCGCCGCCUCCUGCGAGUCCUUCUUAGCACCCGGCGUUUCAUGCACAUUGCCACUGCCAUUAUUAUUAUCAUUUCAAGACAAGGAAAAUAAAAGAAGAUACCAGCGAAAAGAACCGCUUACACCUUUCCGAAUUACUCAAGUGUCUCCUGGAAAGAGAGGGUCGUUGUCCCCGGAGGAGCAGCCGAAGGACCCGUGGGCUGGUGUUGACCGGGAGGGAGGAGGAGUUGGGGGCAUUGCGUGGUGGAAAGUUGCGUGCGGCAGAGACCCGAAGGUGCAGCGCCACAGCCCAGGGGACGGUGUGUCUGGGAGAAGACGCUGCCCCUGCAUCGGGACCCGCCAGUGCGCGGGCACCGCGGGGCCCGGGACGACGCCCCCUCCUGCGGCGUGGACUCCGUCAGUGGCCCACCGAGAAGGAGGAGGAAUAUGGAAUCCAAGGGGGCCAGUUCCUGCCGUCUGCUCUUCUGCCUCUUGGUCUCCUCCACGGUCUUCAGGCCAGGCCUUGGAUGGUAUACUGUAAAUUCAGCAUAUGGAGAUACCAUUAUCAUGCCUUGCCGACUUGACGUACCUCAGAAUCUCAUGUUUGGCAAAUGGAAAUAUGAAAAGCCCGAUGGCUCCCCAGUAUUUAUUGCCUUCAGGUCCUCUACAAAGAAAAGUGUGCAGUACGACGAUGUACCAGAAUACAAAGACAGAUUGAGCCUCUCAGAAAACUACACUUUGUCUAUCAGUAAUGCAAGGAUCAGUGAUGAAAAGAGAUUUGUGUGCAUGCUAGUAACUGAGGACAACGUGUUUGAGGCACCUACAAUAGUCAAGGUGUUCAAGCAACCAUCUAAACCUGAAAUUGUAAGCAAAGCACUGUUUCUAGAAACAGAGCAGCUAAAAAAGUUGGGUGACUGCAUUUCAGAAGACAGUUAUCCAGAUGGCAAUAUCACAUGGUACAGGAAUGGAAAAGUGCUACAUCCCCUUGAAGGAGCGGUGGUCAUAAUUUUUAAAAAGGAAAUGGACCCAGUGACUCAGCUCUAUACCAUGACUUCCACCCUGGAGUACAAGACAACCAAGGCUGACAUACAAAUGCCAUUCACCUGCUCGGUGACAUAUUAUGGACCAUCUGGCCAGAAAACAAUUCAUUCUGAACAGGCAGUAUUUGAUAUUUACUAUCCUACAGAGCAGGUGACAAUACAAGUGCUGCCACCAAAAAAUGCCAUCAAAGAAGGGGAUAACAUCACUCUUAAAUGCUUAGGGAAUGGCAACCCUCCCCCAGAGGAAUUUUUGUUUUACUUACCAGGACAGCCCGAAGGAAUAAGAAGCUCAAAUACUUACACACUGACAGAUGUGAGGCGCAAUGCAACAGGAGACUACAAGUGUUCCCUGAUAGACAAAAAAAGCAUGAUUGCUUCAACAGCCAUCACAGUUCACUAUUUGGAUUUGUCCUUAAACCCAAGUGGAGAAGUGACCAGACAGAUUGGUGAUGCCCUACCUGUGUCAUGCACAAUAUCCGCUAGCAGGAACGCAACUGUGGUAUGGAUGAAAGAUAACAUCAGGCUUCGAUCUAGCCCGUCAUUUUCUAGUCUUCAUUAUCAGGAUGCUGGAAACUACGUCUGCGAAACUGCUCUGCAGGAGGUUGAAGGACUAAAGAAAAGAGAGUCAUUGACUCUCAUUGUAGAAGGCAAACCUCAAAUAAAAAUGACAAAGAAAACUGAUCCCAGUGGACUAUCUAAAACAAUAAUCUGCCAUGUGGAAGGUUUUCCAAAGCCAGCCAUUCAAUGGACAAUUACUGGCAGUGGAAGCGUCAUAAACCAAGCAAAGGAAUCUCCUUAUAUCAAUGGCAGGUAUUAUAGUAAAAUUAUCAUUUCCCCUGAAGAGAAUGUUACAUUAACUUGCACAGCAGAAAACCAACUGGAGAGAACAGUAAACUCCUUGAAUGUCUCUGCUAUAAGUAUUCCAGAACACGAUGAGGCAGACGAGAUAAGUGAUGAAAACAGAGAAAAGGUGAAUGACCAGGCAAAACUAAUUGUGGGAAUCGUCGUUGGUCUCCUCCUUGCUGCCCUUGUUGCUGGUGUCGUCUACUGGCUGUACAUGAAGAAGUCAAAGACUGCAUCAAAACAUGUAAACAAGGACCUCGGUAAUAUGGAAGAAAACAAAAAGUUAGAAGAAAACAAUCACAAAACUGAAGCCUAAGAGAGAAACUGUCCUAGUUGUCCAGAGAUUAAAAUCAUAUAGACCAAUUGAAGCAUGAACGUGGAUUGUAUUUAAGACAUAAACAAAGACAUUGACAGCAAUUCAUGGUUCAAGUAUUAAGCAGUUCAUUCUACCAAGCUGUCACAGGUUUUUAGAGAAUUAUCUCAAGUAAAACAAAUGAAAUUUAAUUACAAACAAUAAGAACAAGUUUUGGCAGCCAUGAUAAUAGGUCAUAUGUUGUGUUUGGUUCAAUUAUUUUUUUUCCGUAAAUGUCUGCACUGAGGAUUUCUUUUUGGUUUGCCUUUUAUGUAAAUUUUUUACGUAGCUAUUUUUAUACACUGUAAGCUUUGUUCUGGGAGUUGCUGUUAAUCUGAUAUAUAAUGUAAUGUUUUUAUUUCAAUUGUUUAUAUGGAUAAUCUGAGCAGGUACAUUUCUGAUUCUGAUUGCUAUCAGUAAUGCCCCAAACUUUCUCACAAGCACCUAAAACCCAAAGGUGGCAGCUUGUGAAGACUGGGGACACUUACAUUGCCCUAAUCAAAAACUGUGAUUUUUAUCACAAGGGAGGGGAGGUCGAGAGUCAGACUGACAGACACCAUAGGAGCCGACUCUUUGAUAUGCCACCAGCGGACUCUCAGAAGUAAAUCACAGAUGCAUAUAGACACACAUACAUAACGGUACUCCCAAACUGAUAAUUUUACCUAUACUGAAAAAGACAUAAAACAGAAUUUGGUAGCACUUACCUCUACAGACACCUGCUAAUAAAUUAUUUUCCGUCAAAAGAAAAAACACAAGUGUGUGUGAGAGACAGUUUGGAAAACUCAUGGUCAACAUUCCCAUUUUCAUAGAUCACAAUGUAAAUCACUGUAAUUACAAAUUGGUAUUAAAUCCUUUGGGUUAUCCACUGCCUUAAAAUUAUACCUAUUUCAUGUUUAAAAAGAUAUCAAUCAGAAUUGGAGUUUUUAACAGUGGUCAUUAUCAAAGCUGUGUUAUUUUCCACAGAAUAUAGAAUAUAUAUUUUUUUCGUGUGUGUUUUUGUUAACUACCCUACAGAUAUUGAAUGCACCUUGAGAUAAUUUAGUGUUUUUAACUGAUACAUAAUUUAUCAAGCAGUACAUGAAAGUGUAAUAAUAAAAUGUCUAUGUAUCUUUAGUUACAUUCAAAUCUGUAACUUUAUAAACAUGUUUUAUGCUUGAGGAAAUUUUUAGGGUGGUAGUAUAAAUGGAAACUUUUUGAAGUAGACUGGAUAUGGGCUACUUGUGACUAGACUUUUAAACUUUGCUCUUUCAAGCAGAAGCCUGGUUUCUGGGAGAACACUGCACAGCGAUUUCUUUCCCAGGAUUUACACAACUUUAAAGGGAAGAUAAAUGAACAUCAGAUUUCUAGGUACAGAACUAUGUUAUUGAAAGGAGAAGGAAAACUGGUGUUUGUUUCUUAGACUCAUGAAAUAAAAAAAAAUUAUGAAGGCAAUGAAAAAUAAAUUGAAAAUUAAAGUCAGAUGAGAAUAGGAAUAAUAUUUUGCCACUUCUGCAUUAUUCAGAAACAUACGUUAUUGUACAUUUGUAAACCAUUUACUGUCUGGGCAAUAGUGACUCCGUUUAAUAAAAGCUUCCUGUAGUGCAUUGGUAUGGAUUAAAUGCAUAAAAUAUUCUUAGACUCAAUGCUGUAUAAAAUAUUAUGGGAAAAAAAGAAAAUAUGUUAUUUUGCCUCUAAACUUUUAUCGAAGUUUUAUUUGGCAGGAAAAAAAAAUUGAAUCUUGGUCAAUAUUUAAACCAAAGUAAAAGGGGAAAAACCAAAGUUAUUUGUUUUGCAUGGCUAAGCCAUUCUGUUAUCUCUGUAAAUACUGUGAUUUCUUUUUUAUUUUCUCUUUAGAAUUUUGUUAAAGAAAUUCUAAAAUUUUUAAACACCUGCUCUCCACAAUAAAUCACAAACACUAAAAUAAAAUUACUUCCAUAUAAAUUUUAUUUUUUCUUUUGGUGUGGGAGAUCAAAGGUUUAAAGUCUAACUUCUAAGAUACAUUUGCAGAAAGAAGCAACAUGACAAUAGAAAGAGAGGGUUAUGCCACAAUUAUUUCUUGGUUUCCACUUGCAAUGGUUAAUUAAGUCCAAAAACAGCUGUCAGAACCUCGAGAGCAGAACAUGAGAAACUCAGAGUUCUGGACCGAAAGCAGAAAGUUUGCUGGGAAAAAAAAGACAACAUUAUUACCAUCGAAUGAGUGCCUGGAUAAAGAGGAAAGCUUACUUGUUUAAUGGCAGCCACAUGCACGAAGAUGCUGAGAAGAAAAAGAAUUCCAAAUCCUCAACUUUUGAGGUUUCGGCUCUCCAAUUUAACUCUUUGGCAACAGGAAACAGGUUUUGCAGGUUCAAGGUUCACGCCCUAUAUGUGAUUAUAGGAAUUGUUUUGGAAAUGGAUAACAUACCCGUCUAUGCCUAAAAGAUAAUAAAACUGAAAUAUGUCUUCA